UAUUACAGGUCAAAGGCAGAAAUGAGACAUACCUGCCGUGGUACCAUCAACCUCGCCACUGCGAAUAUCACUGUCGAGGAUUCUUGCAACUUCAUUAUUUCCAAUGGGGGCGCCCAAACCUACCAUCUGAAGGCAAGCUCAGAAGUAGAGAGGCAACGCUGGGUGACAGCUCUGGAACUGGCCAAGGCCAAGGCCGUUAAGAUGCUGGCAGAAUCAGAUGAAUCAGGAGAUGAAGAGUCUGUCUCACAAACUGACAAGACCGAGCUGCAGAAUACCCUCCGAACCCUCUCCAGCAAAGUAGAAGACCUGAGCACAUGCAAUGACUUGAUAGCUAAGCAUGGCACAGCCCUGCAGCGUUCCCUCAGUGAGCUGGAAUCCCUGAAGUUGCCUGCUGAGAGCAAUGAAAAGAUCAAACAGGUCAACGAAAGAGCCACACUCUUUAGGAUAACAUCCAAUGCCAUGAUCAAUGCCUGCAGGGAUUUUCUCAUGUUAGCCCAGACCCAUAGCAAAAAGUGGCAGAAGUCAUUGCAGUAUGAAAGAGACCAGCGUAUCCGAUUGGAAGAGACCCUGGAGCAGCUGGCAAAGCAGCACAAUCACCUGGAGAGGGCCUUUCGGGGAGCCACAGUGCUGCCAGCAAACACUCCUGGCAGUGCUGGAUCUGUGAAAGAUCAGUGCUGCUCUGGUAAGGGGGACAUGAGUGAUGAAGAUGAUGAGAAUGAAUUUUUUGAUGCACCUGAGAUCAUCACCAUGCCUGAAAAUUUGGGCCACAAACGUACUGGCAGCAACAUCAGCGGGGCCAGUAGUGACAUCAGCCUUGAUGAACAGUACAAGCAUCAGCUGGAGGAGACCAAAAAGGAAAAGAGAACAAGAAUACCAUAUAAGCCGAACUAUAGUCUCAACUUAUGGAGCAUCAUGAAGAAUUGCAUCGGAAAAGAACUCUCCAAGAUCCCCAUGCCGGUGAACUUUAAUGAGCCCUUGUCCAUGCUUCAGCGCCUUACUGAAGACCUGGAAUACCAUGAGUUGUUAGACCGAGCCGCAAAAUGUGAGAACUCUCUGGAGCAGCUCUGCUAUGUUGCGGCUUUCACCGUGUCCUCCUACUCUACUACUGUCUUCCGAACCAGCAAGCCAUUCAACCCACUCCUCGGGGAGACCUUUGAGCUGGACCGGCUAGAGGAGAAUGGGUACCGAUCCCUUUGUGAGCAGGUGAGUCAUCACCCCCCUGCUGCUGCGCACCAUGCGGAAUCCAGAAAUGGCUGGACAUUACGUCAGGAAAUCAAAAUCACCAGCAAGUUUCGGGGCAAAUAUCUCUCCAUUAUGCCCCUCGGUACCAUCCACUGUAUUUUCCAUGCAACUGGGCACCACUACACUUGGAAAAAAGUGACCACAACAGUGCAUAACAUUAUCGUGGGCAAGUUGUGGAUAGAUCAGUCUGGUGAAAUUGAUAUUAUAAAUCACAAGACAGGAGACAAGUGUAAUCUUAAAUUUGUUCCUUAUAGCUACUUCUCUCGAGAUGUAGCAAGAAAGGUGACAGGGGAAGUGACGGACCCAUCAGGAAAAGUUCACUUUGCCCUUCUGGGGACGUGGGAUGAGAAAAUGGAUUGCUUCAAAGUGCAGCCAGCUGCUGGGGAGAAUGGGGGUGAUGCUCGUCAGAGAGGCCACGAAGCAGAGGAAAGCAGGGUCAUGCUGUGGAAAAGGAAUCCUUUACCGAAGAAUGCGGAAAACAUGUACUACUUCUCGGAGCUGGCUCUGACUCUCAACGCCUGGGAAGGCGGCACCGCACCCACAGACAGCCGGCUACGGCCUGACCAGAGACUGAUGGAGAAUGGACGCUGGGAUGAAGCAAAUGCUGAGAAGCAGCGCCUGGAGGAGAAACAAAGACUUUCCAGAAAGAAGAGAGAAGCUGAAGCCAUGAAGGCCACAGAAGAUGGCACACCCUAUGAUCCUUAUAAGGCACUGUGGUUUGAGCGGAAGAAGGACCCUGUUACCAAGGAGUUAACUCAUAUUUAUAGGGGUGAAUACUGGGAGUGUAAAGAAAAGCAGGACUGGAACUCGUGUCCAGACAUUUUCUGAAGGAGCAGUAACACAGAGGAAGAGGAUUAAUCGGAGAAGAGGACAGAGGAUGUGUGGGAAAGCUGGCAAUUGUGACUCUUACCAAGUGCUUUCCUCAAGUUUGUCUGUCUUAACCAAUCACUUUUUCCAAAUCAAUCACCAGAAGCAGACACCAGUGGUGGUGAUUGGCUGGUUGCCUUAGCUGAUUGACACUGAAAUCAACAUACUAGAUAACUAUGUUUGUAAGGGAGAGGAUUAGUGGCUGAAAGUUAGUGUUACUCUCCAUCUGCGAAGUCAAGAAUUCUUGGCUCUUCUUUCUCCUUCUGCACCCAUUUAAGAUGAUGUCAUUUGCCCUUCCCUUGUAGUAUCCUGCUCAGCCAAGAUCUGCAUAAGAUUGUGAUUCAUGAGCAUUUUUGGUGCUGUUCAGAGCAAGAACUGAUUUUAAAGUUCCUUUAAAAAGAAACACAUAAGACUUUAACCAGCAGAGGCACUGUGCAUGAUUGCGGUGGAGCUUAGGUCUAAAGGAAAUGCGUGCUCGCGUGGGGUCUGUCGUGUGGGCCCUCCAUGUGCAGAUAACCAAGGUACUGGAACGGCUGCAAGAGAGACGGCUCUGUGGGGCUGGAAAAUUGUUACCUUCUUGGAAGUUUCUAUCUUCACUUGCAUAAAGUACCCCUCUGCCGUUGUCUGCCUUUGACAGCAGCUGGAAACCACGUUGGUGGUUUGUAGGAGGGGCAUGUUGUCCUCAUAGAAAGGUUGUAUGGACUCCUCAGGCGGAGAACUGAGAAACCAGGCAGGAUGGAAAAAGACUGCUAGCCACUUGACCUUCCCCAGUCCUCACCCCCAUCCUUCAUUGCCUUUCUCACCCCUCUUUCCCAGCUUAUCCUGUAUGGGUUUGUGCCCCAGUCUGGAGCCACCUGUCCAUUGGGAUAUAGUUCAGAAUUUGAGAGCAGUUAAUCUGGAACUAAGUUUUCACCAUCUCUCAAACCCCAGGGACUGGAGCCACCUCUGGAAUAAUGUGUUAAAUAUCUGUAUAUUAUAUAUAUGUAGAGAAAAUCUAAUUUUUUUGUUUGAUUUUUCCUUCCUCCCAUUAAGAAUCUUGGUUUUUGUAUAUCAUUUGUCUCCCUGGGACUCUGUCUUAGACGUACGUUCAUGAGGAUGGGCACUCUUCUACUUCCCAUCUUCACGGGGCAGAUUUGGAGCCCAAGCUGGAUCACAUCUGGUAGUUAUUGAACUGAGACAGGUCCAGGAUUUGUAUCCUGGGGUGCUCAGUGCUGUGUUAAGCUCUCCUCUCCUUUGAAGAUGAAAUCCUAGUCUCUUUCCUGCCUCUUUGCUUACUUUGUUGGAAGAAUAUGGAUAGAAAGUUAGAGGAGAGUACCUUCCAGUUUACUUCAGCCUCUGUUCAGCACACAGGCUAAAUCCCAAAAGAAUUUUCUUGCCAUAAUGGGGGGCUGGUAGCGCCAUCAUGUAGGGUGAAUGAGAGAACUCCUCCUCUUGGGCUGGCUUCCUCCUUUGUUCUCUAUUUGUUCUCUUUGUCUUAUUCAGAAAUCUAACCCCUAUGCCACCUGCCCUUGGUUGAGGAUCACAAAUCGAGGUGCCUUCCUUGUAUGCUUUCUGUUAGUGUUUUCUGUUUCUGUUCCUUAACUGCUGAGCCUCAGCCAGUGUGGGUCCUGGGGGAAAAUAUCAUUCCAGAGGAAGCCAUCCCUCCAGGGAAAUUGGGUUUUACUGGGUAAAUCAGUGCUUUUAUCCUUCUCCCUCAUCCCUUCCUCCCUAGCUGAGAGGAACACGCUGGGAAUUUCUUCCUAAGAACCCUUUUCCAUCCCAAGCCGGGGGUUAUGCCAGGGCUUGUUCCAGGAGACCCAGAAAAGCUGGGACCUUCUUCAGGGACUUUGGAUGGAGUGAGAAUUCCCUCACUGAACUUCCCUGCUUUCUCUCCCUUUUCUUCCUCUACAAUCUGCACUACAUUUCUGGCUCAAUCCCCAGAUACCUGCUAAGGGAAGAAGCUUACGAGUCCUAAAGGUGGAAUAAAGUCACAUCAAAACAAAACUAUAUAUAUUUUCAGUUUUUUUGCCUUAUUGCUUUUUUUUU